AUGAAGCGAUCAAUGUUGGAACUCACCGACAAGGUAAUGAGUGAAAUGAGAUCCUUCAUGAAAGACGCAAGACAACAUCUUCAUCCGGCACAUGAAGAUGUAAAUGAAAUUGAGGACGGGGCAUUGAAAAUACGAGAUCAAGGUGUUGAGAAUGUUGUGAAGAAGAAGGGUGAAGAAUGUAGCCAAUUAAAGGAGAAAGGUGCAGUUGAUGAAAAAAAUCCUUGGACGCCAUUACCGGAUGGACAGAGUUUCAGUGAACCCGAGGUAUAG